AUGACGAAAACAUAUCUAAUGACAAGUCUCAUCGAGAAGAUGCAAUCUCCGGACCAGGACUUCAGAUUCAUGGGUCUCAAUGACCUGAUGACGGAGAUCAAGCAAGAUCCAAAUUGUCUGCUGGGGGACGAAUCGAUGGAGAACAAGGUCAUACGACAAGUGCUGCAGCUCGUGCAGGACAAGAUCUCCGAAGUCAAGAACCAAGCAGUGAACUUGGGACAAUUGAUCAAGAUCAUACGCGAAACUCAGAUGGACUUCGUAAUUGAUCAACUCAUAGAAUUCUCGUCUGGUAAGGAUGACGAGCUCAGGGAUAUUUCAGGUCUUGCUUUGAAGACUAUCACGUCUGAAUUACCCCCCUCGGGGCAGAUAGCUGGUAAAGCUUGCGCGAAGCUCGCGCCCAGAUUACUACAGCAACUUUCCAACGCUCAGACUCCUCCUGAAACGCUCAUGGAGACGCUCUCCAUCCUGUCAAUUCUGAUCACGCGAUUUCCGGGCCAUCUUUCGAGCCCAACACUAAUGCCACAGCCCUUGACAGUCAUCCCACCACUCCUUUCACAUCCUCGCACUGCUGUUCGAAAGCGUGCCAUCAUAACUAUCGCGCAAUACGCCCCGGUAUCGCCGCCUGAACUGUUUCACGAAUUGCUGGCUCGAGACAUUCUCCCUUUCCUUGCCUCAGGCGCCAGUAUUGACAAGCAAACCACUACUGUUCAACUUGUAACCGCGAUAGUUCGGCAUUCGCCUACCCAGAUUAUUCCUUCGCUGAGCGAAAUAGUACCAGGCAUCGUGGCGGCUGUUCAACGGGACGAUGACGAACUUCGAGAAAGCUGUCUCCAGGCACUAGAAACACUGGUCCUCAGAUGCCCGUCGGAGAUGACACCAUUCUUGACUGCGGUCGUGCAGAUUGGUAGCCAGUAUAUCAAAUAUGACCCCAAUUAUGCUGCGGACGACGACGACGACGAAGACGAGGAGAUGGUGGACGCAGAAGAUGAGGAAGAUGAUGCCGAACUAGACGAGUACUCUGACGAGGAAGACACUUCAUACAAGAUCAGGCGCUCCGCCACGAAAUUGCUUGCGGCCAUAAUAGGUACCCGCCCUGAACAGCUGGUUACUCUGUACAAAGACGUCUCUCCUGUGCUGAUCUCUCGCUUUGGCGACCGAGAGGAGACAGUGAGGCUGGAGGUAUGGGCGACUUACGUUUCUCUGCUCAAUCAAACUAGGGUGUAUGGUGGUGUAGCCCCCGAAAAGGUCUUCGAUGCACCGUCUCCUGUCGGUGGGAAGAGGAAGCGAGAAGAGGAAGGUAUGGACGUAGAAGAGACACCCUACAACAUUCUGCGCGGUCAAGUCCCUAGCCUGUCCAAGGCUUUGCUAAAUCAACUGAAGUCAUCCAAGACCAAGCCGCCAGUUCUGCAAGCGGGAUUCGAGCUGCUCCAGACUUUGCUCUCCGUAUUACCUGGCUGCCUCUCAUCUCAGGCUGCGCCGAUUGCUUCGACUGCCAGAAGCAUCUUGGGGCAAGCACCGACGAGUUCUUCGUCCAAUCUUCAUGUUACCUGCUUGUCGUUUCUUUCGCUUUUCUUCUCGUCGCAUUCUCCACCGACGUUCAGCAGCACUCUGCCGACAUUGACGCCUGUCCUCUUGAAAAGCCUAGGAGAGAAGCAUCCCCGAGUUGCCUCAGAGGCUUUCCGGGUAUUUUCCUCACUCCUAUAUGCUUUGAAACCCGUGAAAGGCGCUGACUGGGCGGAGAGUGUAUACAAUGAAGCACUUCGGAGGUUGACGAACCAUGACACAGACUCGGAGGUCAGAAACUGUGUCGAAGAAUGUAUCGGCGAUCUAUGGAUAUGUGCUACUGACGUAGUCAGGGGUAGAGAUAGAAAGGAGUGGGAUGCAAUCUGCAGAACCAGCGGCAGGACUGAAGGUGCUGUCAAGGUCGUCACGAAAGUUGCAAGAGAAGUUGACGUGGGUGACGACUGGGUUAAUGGAUGCAUGCAAUGGGUCAUGUCGUUGCUCAAGAGGAGCGGCAGAACGGAGAAAAAUGACCUGUUCAUCUGCCUCGAUACCUUGCUUCAAAGGUACAAAACCGGUGUCCCAGAAGAUCUUCCACCAGUUCUGGUAGGACAACUCAAGACCUUCGUGACUACUACGGAUAUAUCUGCUCUCUCGCAAGCCUUGACAAGCAUAGCUGUGCUCUUGGAACUCUCACCAAAGAUUACUUUCCCUGUCGUCGAGCGUGAUUUGCUCAAGGACAUCUAUGCCAUUGCGCACUCUCCUUUGUUAGCCGGUGGUGCUUUGGAUUCGCUUUUGGCCUUCUUUGCCGCACUGGUCGAGGCUGACGACCAGAUUGCCACGCAUGUCGUACCCAGUCUAGUGAUAUCUCUGUCGAAAGCCCCAAAGGGCGAGGCAUCGCCUGCCAACGUCUCGAAGUGCAUCGCCCAGGUUGUUCAGAGUCAACAAGGUGUUGCUGCUGGCGUCAUUGCCGAGUUCUCCAAGCAUUUGAAGAAGAACUCCAAGGCGAACACUAGCCAAGUGGUGCUCAGUUUACUGAUUCUAGGGGAGCUCGGUCGUUUCAUCGACAUGUCGCCUCAGCACGAUAUAUUUACUAGUACCAUAGACUUUUUCACAGCUGAACAAGAGGAAGUACGGACGGCCGCUGCCUUUGCUGCUGGUAAUAUUGCGGUCGGAAAUCUACAUCAUUUCUUACCGUCAAUUAUCAAGAUUGUGAAGAACGAUCCCCAGAGACGAUUGCUCGCCCUGCAUGCCGUAAAGGAGGUCGUGACUCACUGUCUACAUGGACAGUUGGAGACCGUAGCGGAUACUCUAUGGGUACCUCUGUUUGAGAACUCAGAGAACUCAGAAGAAACGACCCGGAAUGUCGCCGCUGCUUGCUUGGGCAAACUCACGGUUACGCAGCCGUCCAGAUAUCUGCCACAACUCCAUGCUCGUAUUGAGGACGAGAAUCCCUCAACCAGGGCUACCGUCGUCUCAGCGAUUCGAUACACCUUUUCGGAUCCUUCGCGUUCUUACGAUGAACUUCUUGCGCCCGUCAUAAUUGAUUUCCUAUCUCUUAUGCACGAUACUGAUUUGACUGUUCGUCGUCUCGCCUUAUCUGCGCUGAACUCGGCUGCUCGCACCAAGCCUCACCUCAUAAGGGAUCACCUCGACGCACUGCUACCCAGUCUCUAUAAGGAGACUGUAAUUAACCCAGAUCUUAUCCGUACCGUCCAAAUGGGACCUUGGACGCACAAGGUCGAUGAUGGCCUCGAGACACGCAAGACGGCCUACGAGACCAUGUACACUCUGCUCGACACAUGCUUGUCCAAACUCGACCUCCACGAAUUCUUCGCACGGGUGCUCAACGGGCUGGUCGACGACUCGGACGAGAUCAAGGUUAUCUCGCAUAUGAUGCUCUUCCGGUUGUCGCAGCUUGCUCCAACGGUUGUGGCGCAGCGUCUAGAUGAGACCGCGCCUCAACUAGAGAAGACGAUGAAGGGUGCAACGGUGACAAAGGACACCGUCAAACAAGACCUGGAGCGGGCCUCGGAACUGCAGCGAAGCGCCCUCAGAGCAGUCGCAGCGCUUAGCAAGAUCCGCACCCCCGGCGCGUCCCCGCGGUUCGAUGCGCUCGUGGACGAGCUGCAGAAGUCGCAGCAGUGGAGUGGCGAGUUCAAAGAGCUGGUAGGAGCGUGA